AUGAAGCACCUCGCAGCUUACCUCCUCCUCGCCCUCGCUGGCAACGAGUCCCCCUCUGCCUCCGACAUCAAGGAGGUCCUCUCCUCCGUCGGCAUUGACGCUGACUCCGACCGCCUCGAGAAGGUCGUUGCUGAGCUCCAGGGCAAGAACCUCCAGGACCUGAUCGCUGAGGGUUCCACCAAGCUCGCCUCCGUUCCCUCCGGUGGUGCCGGUGGUGCUGCUCCCGCCGCUGGUGGUGCUGCCGCUGGUGGCGCCGCUGAGGCCGCCCCCGAGGCCGCCAAGGAGGAGGAGAAGGAGGAGUCCGAUGAGGACAUGGGCUUCGGUCUCUUCGACUAA